AUAUAGUGAAUGCGGGGUCCGGGGAGACCACAUAUAGUGAAUGCAGGGUCCGGGGAGACCACAUAUAGUGAAUGCAGGGGUCCGGGGAGACCGGAUAGAGUGAAUGAGGGGUCCGGGGAGAGCGGAUAGAGUGAAUGUGGGGUCUCCCUGGACCCUGCAUUCACUAAAUCCGCUCUCCCCGGACCCUGCAUUCACUAUAUCCGCUCUCCCCGGACCCUGCAUUCACUAUAUCCGCUCUCCCCGGACCCUGCAUUCACUAUAUCCGCUCUCCCCGGACCCUGCAUUCACUAUAUCUGGUCUCCUCAGACCCUGCAUUCACUAUAUCUGCUCUCCCCGGACCCUGCAUUCACUAUAUCCUGUCUCCCCGGACCCUGCAUUCACUAUAUCUGGUCUCCCAGGACCCUGCAUUCUCUAUAUUCGCUCUCUCCGGAUCCUGCAUUCACUUUAUCUGGUCUCCCCGGACCCUGCAUUCACUAUAUCCGGUCUCCCAGGACCCUGCAUUCACAAUAUCCGGUCUCCCCGGACCCUGCAUUCACUAUAUCUGGUAUCCUCGGACUCUGCAUUCACUAUAUCUGGUCUCCCACAGUACACACAACAUGGAAAUGCAAUUAUUAAGUAAAUAGAAACUGCUAAAUCCCUUUUCUAAUCAGCAGUAUAUAGCAAUCUUGUGACUUCUAUCAGUGUCCAGCAGAACACUGGUUAAUCUUGUAGGAGUUUUCAUUCUCUUUUGACUGUCCUAUGAAGCUGCAUGACCCCUGACCUUCUGUCUGGACAGCUCUGAUUGGUCCUGUGCCGAUCACAUGCAUCCUCCCCAAAAAGACUCUUUGCACAUGCUCAGUUUGGUGUGUAUUGCUAGAGUGUCUCCUAGAGUUCUGUACUUCAGCAGAUGGAUUGGGGAUAGUAGAAGAAGGGGAGGAUCAUAGAAGACAGGAUCAA